UACCUUUGACCUAACAACAAAUCGAGUCUUGGAUCCAUUUGCAUCUCUCCUCUCCAACGAUCUCCACCAACAGCAACUGAGCAACCCCUUUUCCCCGUUGUCAUCUUCACGACCAGUCGACCACCACUUCCCCCCAUCUCUCCUCCGCUCUAGGUGGUGACUACGGCGACGGCCCCUGCUAAACAUUGUCUCAUUGGUCCUGACACUGCGAUACAGCUCGCGAAUAAGAGGGACAGGAAGCCGCAUCAUGGCAGGGUCAGAUUUGCAUAGAGCUAUGGGCAUGUUGAACUUAGCUGCCUUGGAGGAGCAAGGUCUGAAGCUAGGCGUGGAGGCACUGCUCUCAGAGCUCCGUAUCUCUAUCAGGGCUGUAUGCGACAUGGAAGAGACUUCGGCUGGCGUGAUCGAGCUCAUGCAGAGUGGUGUCAGAUUGCUCAGUAUUAGGCUUUGCCAAGUUCUUGAAGAGGUCUUGACCAAGCAGCAAAGAGUUCAUGUAUUCCGUCAGGUAUCUCUGAACUUUCCCUUGAUGAGUGUCUUCGUUCGCCCUAGACUCAACCGUUGUCUCAAGAGAUUGCGCAUUAAGGUCACUCAACUUGAAUUCGAUUCUAGAUCCAGACCUGUAUCUGAACAGAAUCUCUCCGCCCUGAGAAAUUCAAGUUAUUCAACAGUGGUUGGGAAGGUAGCAGAGAAUAUGGUGGAGAAGAUGGUGAGGAUUUUGCUGGUCGACAGAACUGGGGAUGAUGGACCAUUGUUUCUGCCAAUUGCUGGAGGUCCUGGAUCUGGGAAGACAGUUUUGGCACACACCUUGUUUAAUGAUGAUAGGGUCAUGGGCAUGUUUGUUCUGCGAGCUUGGGUUCAUGUUUCACCACACUUUGGUCUCUCGGCAAUCUUAUUAUCAAUUCUUACCGUAUCCAGCUCUUGUGACAAUGUUGAUCAAUAUGAUCAAGCAGAUCUGAAGAGACAUGUUGAUAAAUAUGAUCAAGCAGAUCUGAAGAGACAUGUGCGAGAAACUUUGAGUGGCACAAGAUAUUUGCUAGUUCUAGAUGAUGUGUGGAGUGAGAGUGAGCAGGAAUGGCGCGCCCUGAUGCAGGCCCUGCCAUCAAAUGGUACGGUAAUAGUCACUAGCCGAGUUUCGGCUGCUGUAUGUUGUGUGACCUCUGUGGGCACUGGAGAGGAGGCUACACUGGAGAAGAGGCUACACUCGAGAUUUGUUCAUCUGUGGACAGAGAAGGCCGCCAAAAUUCGAUGUGAAGCAGAAAUUCAGAUGUUGAGAAUGGAAGAACCUGAUGAGUUUAUUUUGCAGAGUGCCCAUGCCAGCUAUUUCCAUCUUCCGUUGGACUUACGGAAAUGCCUUCUUUAUUGCUCGAUGUUCCCAUUUGAAUACAAAUUUGAUCCUGAAGAAUUAACUGAUCUUUUGGCUGCUGAAGGUCUAAUAUCGCCCACUGUGACUCAUGCCCAACGCAGAAGCUAUCUCCAAAAGCUGUUUGAUGUGUGUUUCCAUCCAGUGGAGAAAUCUGGAAAUGCAACAGCAAAGCGUACAUUCAGGAUGUACAGUAUAUUACACAGGUUUGCUCGACUUGUUGAUAAAAAAAUCAGUGGAACUGUUGACAAUUUUUCAUCUCAUAUUAGCAGAAGAAAAGAAGGGACACUAGAAUCAGUAAAGUAUUUAUCCACACAAGAUAUUGACUAUAACAAAUUGCGUUGGUUCAAAAAGUUGAAUACCCUAAUAGUACUUCAAAGAAAUAGUCCAGAUGGGAUUAAAGAGCUCCCACGGUGGUUCUUUAAAUUAUUCCAGCAUCUGAGGAUCUUGAAUUUGAAAGGUAGUAAUAUCAGCUCCCUCCCUAAAAAGUUUGGUAUGAUGUCCAACUUGAGAUAUCUCAAUCUUUCAUGGGCAGAUAUAGAAAAUAUUCCUAGUUUUGUCUCAAAACUGCAGAAUCUGCAAACUCUCGUACUCUCCCACUGUGAGAAGCUCCAGAAACUGCAUGGAACUAUAAGCAAGCUUGUCCUGUUACAGAAGUUGGACCUCCAAGGUUGUUGCUGUCUCAUGGAAUUGCCCUCUAACAUGGGUGAAAUGAAGAGCCUUCAGUAUCUAAAUGUUCAGGAGUGCUCAUCUCUAAAGAGAAUGCCAUACAAUCUGGGCCAAUUAGCGAAUCUCCAAACAAUGUUAGGAUAUGUUAUUGAUGGAAGAGCAAUAUCAGAACUGCAGUCAUUGGAAAAUCUCAAGGAGUUGAGUUUGGAAUGCCUAGAAAAUAUUUCAGAUGUUGCAAAUGCAAGCGAUUUGAGGCUAGAAGAUAAACAACAGCUUGAUUCAUUGGUAUUUCAGUGGAACAAGAAUUCUGUUGAUAGUAGUUCAAGAGCGUCUGAAGUCCUUGACUGCCUUCGACCAAAUGAACACUUGAGAACCCUGGACAUUGUUGCAUACGAAGGAAUUGCUUUUCCAACUUGGAUGACAAGCAGCAACGCACAUCUCAUUUCACUGGUUGAGAUUAGGCUAGUUAAUAUGAAGGUGUGUCAAACAUUGCCGCCACUUGGGCUACUACCUCUCCUGAAGACUGCUGAGAUAAGUGGAGCUGAAGCCAUCAGUUCUAUUAGUGAUAGUUUCUACGGUCAAAAUGGCACAUUCCCUUCCUUGAAGAAAUUGAUUUUCUCUAACAUGCCUAAUCUAGAGCUAUGGGAACAGCCACAUUAUGGCUCUGUGUUUCCUUGUUUGCAAGAGGUGACAAUCAUCCAAUGCCCAAAGUUAGCAUUGCGCGUGGAACCUCCAUCGGUUACAAAAUUGAUAUUGUGGAUGAAUAACCAGAAACUGCAUAGUUCAACAGGAGCUCUAGGAAAUAUGGCACACAUUCUGAAACAUGUCUCGAUUUCGUUCUGUCAUGAGCUCAGAGCAUCUUCGUAUUGCGAGGGUCUUCAGGAUCUCUGUAGCCUUAAAGGAUUGGAGCUCUGUGGAUGUGACGAGAUGACAUGCUUGCCACGGGGUUUGCAACAACUUUCCUCUCUCAGAAGUUUAACAAUUGUGCGUUGCGGCACACUGGAAAGUUUACCAGAUUGGUUGGAGAAUCUACCUUAUCUGCGGCUGGUGCGUUUGUCUGCUUGUCCUAUGUUGCACUCAGUCCCAGAAAGUUUGAGAUUGCGCCAUUUUACCCGAAUAUGCAUUGAAGAUUGCCCUAACUUAAAAGCACAAUCAUCGGAGACUGAUUGGGAAUGGUAUGACAGCGACGAUGACUUAUUAGUAGAUGUCAUUCCUAAUAACUGCACAUGAGAUUCCCUCUCAAAACUCUGGUUCCAGUAAACCUGUGAUGCGCGACACUCUCUCUUUGGAUUUUGGCUACAGUGGACGUGACACCGAAAUCGUCAGCACAACCAUCAGGAUACCCAUUAUUGCUCCGAACUGAAAUCAAGCUGGCAGGAGUGCAACCACCAGCAAACUGAACGAAACAAUUCUAGUGGAUUCAGAAAUGCGCAGAGAAUUAUUCAGCCAAUGUAAGAGCCACUGUUUAGAGGGAUCACGAGUGCAAUUUCAAAGCAGUACUAGCUAGUGCCCAUCUGUAUCUGCCAAUGACUCUGAAAAGAGGGGAACAUAGGGUAGAUCUAUCUGUGAAUGAUUUUUUCCUCAAUGUCAAUGAUACUGUGGAACUUUAAAUGUCGGAUAUCCUAUGA